UUGCCACAGAUUCUAAUCUUUCAAUUCUCAUCCACUCGCUCUGUAAUCUUCUCAGGUUCUCUCACAUAUUCAUUUUUUGUCCCUUCCUCUUCUUUAUUUUUAAUUUUCAUCCUCCUAAUUAUUUCUCCUCUUCAUUCUUGAUUUUCAUUAACGAUGGCCGCCACUGUAAAUGCCGCAGUUUCAUUCCCAACCACUAACUCAACGUCCCUUCCCGCCAGAUUCUCCACCAUUACUCCAGAAAGAAUCAGCUUUAACAAGGGAUUCUUGUACUCCAGAAAUGUCUCAUCGGGUGGAAAAGCUGUUAAAAUUAGAGCUCAAGUUACUACAGAGGCUCCUGCUAAAGUGGUAAAGGUGUCAAAGAAGAAUGAUGAAGGUAUAGUUGUCAAUAAAUUCAAGCCUAAGAAUCCGUACACUGGAUUAUGUCUUCUUAACACCAAAAUUACUGGAGAUGAUGCUCCUGGAGAGACCUGGCACAUGGUUUUCAGUACGGAAGGAGAAGUGCCGUACAGAGAAGGGCAAUCGAUCGGUGUGAUUGCUGAUGGUAUCGACAAAAAUGGGAAGCCGCACAAGCUUAGAUUAUAUUCAAUUGCCAGUAGUGCUAUUGGAGACUUUGGCAACUCUAAAACUGUUUCUUUGUGUGUUAAGAGGCUUGUUUACACCAAUGAUCAAGGAGAGACAGUGAAAGGAGUCUGCUCUAAUUUUUUGUGUGACCUGAAACCUGGGGCAGAAGUAAAGAUCACAGGACCUGUAGGAAAAGAAAUGCUCAUGCCAAAAGAUCCAAAUGCCACAAUCAUUAUGCUUGCAACCGGAACGGGAAUUGCACCAUUCCGCUCAUUCUUGUGGAACAUGUUCUUUGAGAAGCACCAAGACUACGAGUUUAAAGGAUUGGCUUGGCUUUUCCUGGGUGUUCCAACCACUAGCUCACUGCUAUACAAAGAUGAGUUUGAGAAGAUGAAGAGUAAAUACCCAGAAAACUUGAGGGUUGAUUAUGCUGUGAGCAGAGAACAAACAAAUGAAAAAGGUGAAAAAAUGUACAUUCAAACAAGAAUGGCACAGUAUGCAGAAGAGUUAUGGGAAUUACUCAAAAAGGACAACACCUUUAUCUACAUGUGUGGUCUUAAAGGAAUGGAGAAGGGUAUUGAUGACAUUAUGGUCAAUCUCGCAGCUAGAGACGGCAUUGACUGGAUUGAAUACAAACGGCAACUGAAGAAGAGUGAGCAAUGGAACGUUGAAGUCUAUUAAUCUUAGCUACUGAUUUUCUUUUGGACUACGUUAGAUAAUGUAAACUUGUAAAACUUCUUCAAAUUUCUGGCUUUUUGGUCCUUGUAUAAUUAUUUUCUCAAUUUUUUUGCUUUCUAAACAUGAAGCAAUUAUAUCAGUAUAUUCAAUGGAAGUGUCUCAUGUAAACAGAA